UGCACAACGGUUGUUGGCGCUUCUUCCAAACCAAGCACACACGCACUUGUAGUCGGUUUGUUUAUGUGUGUCACUGCGAACGCUUUUGUUUCUUGUAUAUUCUUGUGUAGUGAGUGUUUCUAUUGUUUAAAGGCAUAAAACAUACACGUAUGAUAGGUUAUCUUGAAAACGGACAUAGUGGAGCUGAGAUUGAACUUUUCUGAUUUUCUAAAAAACGGGAGCCACCUGUGUGCUGUGUUGCGUGGAGCGGUGUUGCAAAAGAGACAAGAUGUCAGCUAAGAACUUCUUCGUCGAUGAUUCUGCGGAAGAAGAUUCCUUCAGGGGUCACCAAUCAUUCAGUAAGUUCCGGGAAGGUGAAUCGAUCGUGAUCGAAGAAACCGAUUCCGAAGCAACGAUUGAAUCAUCGGUUAAUAGUGCCAAUUCGUCCACCGCCGCUAGUGAAGAGGAAAACCUGGUGCAACAGAUGAAGAAACGUCAGAGCAAACGGAUGUCCUUGCACCCGCAAGCGGCGGAAAACGAGAGCAGUGAUGAAAGCGAGCCGGAAAAUCUGGACAGCACCAAUCAGGUUGAUCUUACCUACGAAGACGAUGAUGAUGAUGAGGAGGAGCAGGAGGUAGAACGACGUGCAUAUUCACCCCUAACUCGCAUGAGCAUUCAUGGUGUGGCGGCCGCUGAAGGCAGCGAUGAAGAUGACGAGGCAACCGAUAUUGAAGACGACCGGCGAUCAAGGGUUGACGAUAGUGAGAGCGAUGACGAGCUCAUCGGCAAACCGGCACGUAAAUCUCGCAAGAAGGUUAUCAUAUCGGAUGAUGAAAGUGAUGCGGGCGAAAAAAAGGAGAAUGAUUCGUUCGAUGCUUCGCUACCGCUGCACAGUUAUGAUGCGGAAGCUGGGCGUCCGGUGAUUGGAAAAGAGAAGGACAACUUAUCGUCCUCUUUGCAGCAUUAUGAUGAUCAAGACUCGAUAAGCACGAAGCUAUCGUCGACCCUAAAAUCGGAAGAAACGUCCUCUCGCGCACAGAACGACGAGCGUGAUCAAUCACGCACGUCUUUCCACGCUGAUGCUCGCCACUCGAUCAGCAUGCGCGCAUCAAUCGGUGAGAAGCUUUCCUCGACGCACAUCGGGGAGGACGUCGAUGGAAACGCUGACGCGAAAGAGGCAGAGCAACAACCCACCAGUGACUCGAGCAGUGUAAAGUUGGUAGAGAAAUCCGAAGAAAUACUCACCGUCAGCAGUGGCGAUGAAGAUGAGGAAGUGUCGUUCCAGGGUGUGGUACACCCGGCUCGACCCUCGGGCACGACGAAACCUCUGCAGCAGAAUCUCGUUCAACCGACCAUAACGUCGUUUGUGCGCGGUAGCAUCCAGCAGCCGGGCCAGCGUGUGUCGCAGAGCGAGUACGACGCAAAGGUACGCCGCAUGGCCGAUCUGAAAAGUCAGCUGGUGCUGAUCGAGAGCGUGAUGAAGAACAGUACCAAGCUGCCGGACAAGGGUGCCGGUUUGGUGCGCCGUUUGGCGGAGAUAAAGGGACAAAUAUUCCAGCUGUCCAAGGACAUCGAAAUGACGCGCGCCACCCCGAGCAAGGGCGCCAAGCGUACGAUUCAGCAAAACUUUGACCUACCCCGGCGAAGUGGCGAUAAUUCGCGUGACACUAGCGGGAAUAGCAGCGCCGGCGGCGGUGGUGGUAACAAUCGUGGGGAGUUUAUAUCGUGGGACGCGAUCAAGAAAACGACGGAUGAUAUUCAACCGCGGCACACGGGCAAGCAGGGUAUCGCUACGUUCGAAAGCCAGAAGCUGCUGACGAUGGACCGUUUGGCGACGUUGCACAAAUCGAUCGAAACGUGCCCGACCGAGGACACGCUAGCCGAUCCACCGAAGUUGCUCAAGAUCGAUCUGAUGGAUCAUCAGCGGCAUGCGCUUGCCUGGAUGUUGUGGCGCGAAACGCAGAAACCGCGCGGUGGCAUUCUUGCGGACGACAUGGGUCUCGGAAAGACGCUGAGCAUGAUCUCGCUCGUGCUGAAAUCGGCCGAGCUGGAUCCGGACGGUGAGCAGCUGGAGCAGCGCGAAAGCGAAAGCGAGAACGACGAUGAUCAGGAAAACCAGCAACCAACGAACGGUGGUGGUGGUGGUGGUGGUGGUUGGAAGAGCAAAGGACGAAAGGAUUAUUAUGCGGGCGGAACGCUGAUCGUGUGUCCUGCCUCGUUGAUGCGCCAGUGGGAAGGUGAGAUAACGAAUCGCGUCAAGCGCAACAGUUUGUCCGUCUGCGUGCAUCAUGGAACGCAGCGUGAAGCGAAACCGCGCCAUCUGGCGAAGUACGAUGUGGUCAUCACCACGUACAACAUAGUGUCGCGUGAAAGCAAGGCCACGGCGCGCGGUGGAGACGGUGUGUACGGGGUAAACUGGGAGCGUAUCAUACUGGACGAAGCGCACGUCAUCCGCAACCACAAGAGCAACAUGUCCGAAUCGUGCUGUGGGCUGAAGGGCCGGUACCGUUGGUUGCUUACCGGUACGCCGAUCCAGAACAAGGAGAUGGACGUGUACGCACUGAUGAAGUUCCUGCGCUGUACACCGUUCAACGAUCUGGUGCACUGGAAGCGGUGGAUCGACAACAAGACGGCCGGUGGAGCGAUGCGCUUGAACACGAUCAUGAAAUCGAUCAUGCUGCGCCGUACGAAGAAGCAGCUGCAGGAGCGAGGCGCCCUAACCAGUCUGCCGACCAAAACGAUCGAGGUGAUCGAGGUGGAGCUCGAGAAGGACGAAAUGAACGUGUACCAGAAGGUGCUCAUGUACUCGAAGAAUCUGUUCGCUCAGUUCCUGCACCAGCGGGCGGAGAAAGAGCAAGCGGCGAACUACGGGUACGGCCAUCGGCCCACCUUUACCCAGCGCAGCGGCGGCGCAAACCACGCGUUCGACAAGGUGCACCAGAAGCUGAAGAGCAUGCACGACCGUCACGACGGAACGGAGGUGAAACAGCAUCAGAUUUUGGUGCUGUUGCUCCGCCUGCGUCAGAUUUGCUGCCAUCCGGGGCUAAUCUACGAGAUGCUCACCGACGACGAUCAGGGCAAUCUGGAGCUGUCCGAAGGGGGCGACGAUGCAAGCCGCGACAGUGAGGUCGAUCUGCUGGGGCAGCUGAACAAGCUCAAGCUGAACGAUGUGCUUGCGGAGCACGAGGCGAAGCUGGCGAACGGUGGCACGGACCGGGAGAACGUUUCGCUAAACCUUUCGGAAGAGUUUAACCAACCGGAAGGGGUGGUAAGGGCGGCCUCGAAGCUAAUGCUCAAAUCGAACCCGAUCUUCCGUACCGAUCGGGCGAGUUCAAAGAUUGAAAAGACGAUGCAGCUGUUGGAGGAGAAAAUUUUCCACUCGGACGAUAAGGCGAUCAUUGUGUCGCAGUGGACAAGCAUGCUGGACAUUUUGGGCUCGCAUCUGGAGGCGCGGAACGUGGCGUUCGUGUCGCUGACGGGCAAGGUGCCGGUGAAGCUGCGGAACGAUAUUGUGCUGGCGUUUAACAAACCAUCGGGAAAGGCGAAGAUCAUGCUGCUUUCGCUGACGGCCGGCGGUGUCGGUUUGAAUCUCGUCGGUGCGAACCAUCUGUUCCUGCUCGAUCCACACUGGAACCCGCAGCUCGAAGCACAAGCCCAGGAUCGUAUUUAUCGCGUCGGUCAAACGAAAUCAGUUUACAUUUGGAAAUUUAUGUGCACGGAAACGGUGGAGCAAAAAAUUCACGCCCUGCAGCAGCAUAAGCUCAGCAUUGCGGACGCCGCCCUGACCGGUACGGUCAACAAGGGCAGCAAGCUUACGAUGGACGAUUUGAAAUCGCUGUUCGGACUGUAGGCCCUUUAUGCGCGCGCGCGAGCACCUCGAAUGCCAGCUCCUGUGAUAUUUUGAGCCCUGCAUUGAGGAACCGAUCACAUCCUGGAUGGGUAACAACAAGCCGUGUGGAUCUGCGUCGUUCGUAGGUUUACACCAAGCUGAAGUACAACAGGCGGAGGGGACAAAAAGCACGGAACGAAACGUAUUUUUGAUAGAAGGACAAUCGAAUGAAAAUGAACUUUAUUGUGAGACUUACUUUUUUUUAAAUCAAUAACACAUAACACUUCUUUAGUGGUAGAGUACAAAUAGAAGAUAGGCAAAAAGGUUUUUAAAUUUAA